GUUCCUUAGAAAGAGAGCUUGGACGGCAUGCAAAGUUGUGAAAUAUCUGCAGACAGCACGGAUGAUCCUCUCAGUAGUGGCCUACGGAGAAAGCGACAGCCUCGAAUAGUCAUCGUCGGUGCUGGGCUCGCGGGCCUGUCGGCAGCCAAAGCGCUCUUGGAAAGCGGCUUCACGGAUGUAACGAUCCUCGAGGCGACCGACCGAAUCGGAGGCCGCGUGCAAAGUGUGAAACUUGGGCACGCCACUUUUGAACUGGGAGCUACGUGGAUUCAUGGUUCACAUGGAAACCCAGUCUAUCAUCUAGCAGAAGACAAUGGUUUACUUGAAGAGACAACAGACGGCGAGAGAAGUGUCGGACGGAUCAGUCUUUACUCCAAGAAUGGGGUGGCUUAUCAUCUUACCAACAAUGGGCAAAGGAUCCCGAAAGAUGUGGUUGAAGAAUUCAGUGAUUUAUACAACGAGGUCUAUAACCUGACUCAGGAGUUCUUCCAACGAGGUAAACCAGUCAAUGCUGAGAGCCAGAACAGUGUGGGCGUCUUCACGCGGGACGUCGUGCGCAAGCGGGUCAAGGCCGAUCCGGAUGACACAGAGGCCGUCAAGAGGCUGAAACUAGCCAUGAUCCAGCAGUACCUGAAGGUGGAGAGUUGUGAGAGCAGCUCCCACAGCAUGGAUGAAGUCUCACUCAGUGAAUUUGGGGAAUGGACCGAAAUCCCUGGGGCUCAUCACAUCAUUCCUUGUGGUUUCAUUAAAAUCGUGGAGAUCUUGGCCCGCUCCAUUCCCGAGUCUGUCAUUCAGCUCCGCAAGCCGGUCAAGUGCAUCCACUGGAACCAGUCGGUCAGCAAGGAGAUUGAGAGGGUGGCUGACCACAACAGUGACCUCCCCGAGGAGGACAAGAGCUCUGAUGUCUUCGUAGAGUGCGAGGACUGCGAGUUCAUCCCAGCUGACCACGUCAUUGUGACCGUGUCCCUGGGAGUCUUGAAGAAACGCCACGAGAGCCUGUUUCAUCCCCGCUUGCCUGAGGAGAAGGUGAUGGCCAUUGAGAAACUGGGAAUCAACACCACUGACAAGAUUUUCCUGGAGUUUGAAGAACCUUUCUGGAGCUCUGAAUGCAACAGCAUCCAGUUUGUCUGGGAAGACGAGGCAGAGAGUGAGAGCUUGACUUACCCUGAGGAGCUGUGGUACAAGAAGAUCUGCGGCUUUGACGUACUCUACCCACCAGAGAGGUAUGGCCAUGUCCUGAGUGGCUGGAUAUGUGGAGAAGAGGCUUUGAUCAUGGAGAAGUGCGAUGAUGAAACUGUGGCAGAAACCUGCACUGAAAUGCUACGUAAAUUCACAGGGAAUCCCAACAUUCCGAAACCCCGCCGGAUCCUGCGCUCCUCCUGGGGCAGCAAUCCCAACUUCCGUGGAUCCUACUCUUACACCCAAGUUGGAUCUAGUGGGGCUGAUGUAGAGAAGCUUGCUAAGCCACUGCCUUAUGCUGAAAGCUUCAAAACUGCUGUAAAGAGUUUUGUCUCCUUUUAUCCUCACUCCUGCUCUCCUGUGAGCCCAGCUGAGCUUCUUCUCUUCUCUUCUCCUCUCCAGCCAAUGCAGGUGAUGUUUUCAGGGGAGGCUACUCACAGGAAGUAUUAUUCCACAACCCACGGUGCUGUGCUUUCUGGGCAGAGAGAAGCUGCUCACCUCAUUGAGAUGUACCAGGACCUCCUGCAGUGCCAGACCUGAAAAGCCUCGUGUUUGCAACCACCACCCACUCCCAAAUCCUUGUACAGGUGUGUGGAGGGGUUCUUUUUUAAUUUCAGUUCACAGUAGAACAGCCUUUAUCUUUUCUAUUAAAAAAAAAAAAAAAAAAAAAAAAAAAAAAAAGCCCUAACUGUUUAAAAAAGUUAGUCAUCACUAGCUUUGUUUCUGUGUGCUGGAUUGUUAACAAGGAAGGGUGCUCCUUUUGUCUGCUAAACUGUCUCUUAGUCAUUUUAAUUUUAACUUCACUUUUGGUGCCUAUCAUUUAAUAUUAUUUUUUUUUCCCUUUCUGUAUUGUAAGUGCCUUCUAUACUAAAAUAAAUGUU